AUGUCCACUACCCAUGUUUGCCCCAUCAACGGCUUCCAAGCUGUUUUCGACCUUCUCGUCGUUUACGAGGGCUGGACCGAGCGCAACGGUCCGUGGGACUGGCGCGUUGCCAAGGACAAGGGCGAGCUUCGGUGUCCCGUCAACCACGCCGACAGCGUCAAGACGAUGAUCGACGCUGCACACAGUAUUGGCGACAACUCGUUGCGCUUGUUCACGCUCGAUCUGAAUGCGCAUGGUCUGGCCAAGCUCAGUGCGUUCAACGCUGCCUUCCUCUCGGUCCUUCUCGACUCGCAGACUUAUGACAUUGCCAAAGUCGACAUACAAGAUGCAACCGCCAUCGCCGCCGAGGCCCACCCGGCGUCGCUCGUCCCACGCGACGUGUGCCAGGCGCUGUGCGGUCGGUCGCUUGCCUCGUUUGACGUACCCUUCCCAUCCGAAACGGCCUCGACGAGCCCAGUGUCGGCGAUCGUAUUUUGGAAAAAGAGCCACCGCGCCUACCUCCUUGGCCCAAACAAAAGCUACGAUGCGCUUCUCCAAGCGCGGCGAGACCAAACACCGACACCCCUUGGGUGCAGUAGCGUCCUCGAGCUUGCCCACCGCGUCGCCGUACUCUACCAGGCAAAGCCGCCCAACCCGACUGUCGUCGCUGAGCUGCUUGAUAUUGCCAUCGUAAAGAAAGACUUGACCUUGGCCACGACUGUUGUCACGACGCUCGAGACGUUCACGUCGAACGUAGCCCCGCUCGUGCGGCGGUCUCGCCGUCUCGUCGCAAUCUUUGGCUGGACGGCGCUUCGAAGCUCGUUUGCUGCGCACUUUUCGCGCAGUCUGAAGUCGUGGGACCACGUGACGACGGCUCUGUCGUGGACGUAUGCGCUUGUAACGAUGGACGCCACGCGCAAUGCGAACGAGUUGCUCGACAAGGCCUGGUUGGCCAUGGGUCGCUGCUUUGCCGGCUUGAGCGGGUCGCCGAAAUCGCUGACGAAUCUUUUGCACCAUGUGCUCGUGCUCUACGACGAGACCGAAGCACGGGCGGAUCAUUCACGUGCCGUGGCUGUGCGCCUCCUUCAGCCGACGCUGCCCGACGAAGUGGUCCGUAACGUGACUCGGUUCCUUCCCAAGCGUAGCGCAGCGCCGGACGCUGCAUGCGCGACCCUUCUCGACACACGAUUUCGCUCGGCCCAGAGCACCUUGAGGUCGCUUCUUCCGCUUUUGGCGGCGACAGUCGCGAUGCGGCCCACGUUGCGCAUGGACCCGUGUAUCGGCCACGUCAUCAAGGCGCUGGCCUACAUGGAAACGCUGCCGGAUCCGCUGUACAAAGAGGUGACAGCGCACCUCGACGUCCUUGGGUCGCGCGUCAUCCCGGGUCUCUCCAAGCUAGCAUCUCGCGGGCUGCUCACAAGACAGAUGCUCGACUAUUUCAAACGCACCACCGGAUCCCAGAAUAACGUGGCGCGACCACAGACGGUUCGCGAUGCAGUGGCGCUUGUCGUGGACCAGGGCCAACCCAUUGCAGCGUGUUAG